GCCGCCCCGCACCGCCCGCGCCGCCCCCCGCGCCAUGGCCGACUGGGCCCCCGCUGAGGAGCUGGAGUGCAUGAUGGAGCCCCAGGAGCUGGGCCUGGAGCAGCCGCUGGCCGCCCCCGAGCACGGCCCCGGCGGCGAGGCCGAGCUGCCGGCCGCAGAGAUCUCCCUGACGCUGGUCACCGAGAUCCAGGCCGUGGACAGGAAGGUGGACACCCAGGCCGCGCAGCUGAUGAACCUGGAGGGCAGGAUGAGGAUGGCCGAGACGAAGCUGAUCGGCUGCGAGAAAACGGCGGUGGAGUUCGGGAACCAGCUGGAGAGCAAGUGGACGGCGCUGGGCACCCUCAUCCAGGAGUACGGGCAGCUGCAGAAGCGGCUGGAGAACAUGGAGAACCUGCUGAAGAACAGGAAUUUCUGGAUCCUGCGGCUGCCCCCGGGGGCAAAAGGGGAAGUCCCCAAGGUCCCCGUGGCCUUCAACGACGCCUCGUUUAACUUCUCUGAGGAGGAGUGGAAGAGCCUCAACGAGUGGCAGAAGGAGCUCUACAGGCACAUCAUGAAAGGCAACUACGAGGCCGUCAUCUCCAUGGACGCUGCCAUUUCCAAGCCUGACCUGCUGACACGGAUUGAGCAGGGAGAGGAUCCCAACGCUGAGGAUCAGGAGGACUCUGAGGGAGGAGAGACCCCCACAGACCCCACCACCGAGUUUUUCUUCCCUGGGCCCGAUGACAGCUCGUGGGGUAAAUAUGAAGAGACUCUGGCUGAAAGCCACGAAGGCUCUGAGGAAGAGGAGAGCAUGGAGGUCCCUGGUACAUACGAGCAGCCGUGCGAUGAGGAAGGCUCCGAGCGCCUGGAGCUUUCCAGGUCGUUGACAGGAAAGUGGGAAGAGGAGGAGGAGAUGCAGUCGAGCAGCAAGAGCCAGAGCGGGUCGGCCCCGCCGCAGCGAACGGCGACGGGCAACAGGCUGAGGCGCUCGGUGCGCCGCGGGAGAGACUUGGCCAGGAAGGAUCCCGAGGAGGCGGCGGCCGACAAGGGGCCCUACAUCUGCUGCGAGUGCGGCCAGAGCUUCCUGGACAAGCAGCUCUUCGCCACCCACCAGAAGGCGCACGCCAGCGAGGAGGCCUGCACGUCCCUGGAGCGCGGCGAGAGCCUCCGGCAGAAACCCAAAGCCAAGGGCCAGGGCCCCUCCCGCUCCAAAGGCUCCAAGCGCCCCGACGGGGAGAAGAGCUCGGGCUUCAAGUACGGCUUCGUCAGGCACCAGGUGAACAACAUGGUGGAGAGGCCCUACACCUGCUCCCAGUGCAAGGAGAGCUUCAGCCUGGAAGUGAGUCUGAUCCUGCACCAGAAGCUGCACACGGGGAAGGGCGACGGGCCGCUGACGUGCACCUACUGCGGGAAGGACUUCCGAGACCUCUCCAAGGCCAUCCGCCACCAGCGCAUCCACACCGGGGAGAGGCCCUACCAGUGCACCGAGUGCGGCAAGAGCUUCAUCCGGCGGGACCACCUGCUCAAGCACUGGCGGGUGCACACCGGGGAGACCCCCUACCAGUGUCCCGUCUGCGGGAAGCACUUCCGCUACAAAGAGUCCCUGAAUUGCCACCAGAAAAUCCACUCGCGCAACCCGCGGCCCGGCGAGGAUUCCCAGCACAACCUGGGCUCGGCAGGCACCCAGACCGACCAUUUCUGCGUGAAAAAAGAGACUAAGCAGCGGCUCUGGGACCCCGCGGGGUUCCGUGGCGCUCCCACCGCGGCGCAGGCCCCGCGCUCGCUGUUCCCCACGCAGGGUUGGAUUCUGCCCGUAGAGAACGAUCCCGAGCGAUUCUCUGGGCUCCUCCCCCCCGGUGCCCGCGGUUCGCCGUGCGGGCGGUGCCGUGGGGGGGCCCCGACGGGGCGGGGCGCUGAUGCCGUCGGGCCGCCAGGGGGCGCUGUAAAGGGCGCCCGCCCGGCGCGGGGCCGGGCCCGGCGCGCACCGCCCGCCCGCGGCUCGCGGGCCGCACGUCGGGGCUCACGGGCCGCGCCGUCGGGGCCGCGGCGGGCGGGGGGGGGCGGCGGGCGGCGGGCGCUGUCAGCGCGCGGGGCCGCGGCCGCCCCCCCGGGGCGACGGGCGGGGACGGGACGGGCGGCCCCGGGGGGGCGGCGGCGCCGCGCCGAACCCGCCCGGGCCUCCGCGGCCGGCGGCGCCCGCGCUGCCGUCGAGGCCGGGCCUGCCCGGCCGCCGCGCCGCCCCCCCCCCGCCGCCGGGCCCUGCGGCCCCCCGGGACCGACCCGCCGCCGCCCCCGCCUGCCGUGUCACCGCCCGGUCCCCAUGGCGACGGGGCGCCCGCAGCCCCCCGGGUGUCCCCUCGCCGUGCCCAUGGCAACGGGGCUCGGCCCGCCCGUGUCACCCCGCGCCCCCCCCCUCCCGUGUCACCUCCCGGCCCCGCGCUGUCACCUCCCCCCUCCCCCGCCGCCGCGGGUCCUGCCCGUCCCGCGGGACCGGCACGGGGCCGCCGUAAGCGGCUUAGCGGGGACACGGGGACGUCCCCGCCGCCCCAGCGAGCGCCGGGCCCUGCAGCGGCCCCCCCGCGGGGUGCGCAUGGCCCCGGGGAUGUCCCCGUCGCCCCGGCGGGCCCUGUCACACCGGGGGCGGGCGGGUCUCUAUCCCCCCGGGAGGGUCCCUGUCCCCCUGGGGCAUCCCCGGCCUGACCCCGCGCCCUUGUGUCCGCAGGCGCCGGAGCCGGCGCGGCCGCCGCGCUGCCCCUCGCCCCUCCGGCCAGCGGCCGGCCCCGAGCGCACCUCGGAGCGGGAGACGCAGACGGCUGAGCUGUCCCUGACCGUGGUGGCGGCCGUGCAGGCGGUGGAGCGCAAGGUGGAUUCCCACUCCACCCGCCUGCUGGACCUGGAGGGUCGGACGGGGAUGGCGGAGAAGAAGCUGAUCGACUGCGAGAAGACGGCGGCGGAGCUGGGGAACCAGCUGGAGAGCAAGUGCGCGGCGCUGGGCACCCUCAUCCAGGAGUACGGGCUGCUCCAGCGGCGCCUGGAGAACAUGGAGAACCUCCUGAAGAACAGGAACUUCUGGAUCCUGCGGCUGCCCCCGGGCAGGAAGGGGGAAGUCCCCAAGGUGCCGGUGACCUUCGAUGACGUGUCCGUCUAUUUCAAUGACAAGGAAUGGGAGAAGCUGGAGGAGUGGCAGAAGGAGCUCUACAAGAAUGUGAUGAAGGGGAACUACGAGUCUCUGAUCUCCCUGGACUAUGCAAUUUCCAAACCUGGUGUUUUGUCUCAGAUCGAGCAAGGGGAGGAAUCGCGGGGCAGGAAUGAGCAGGACCUGGAGGAGAGUGAGAUCAUUACUGAUGCCACGGCAGCUGGAAUAAGGGUGGUGAUCAAAACAGAGGAGCUCCUUCCUGAAGACAGCCCCGAGAACCCCGAGCUGCACGGGAUGUCGGGGCAGUCCGAGGGCAGCUUCCAGAGCCCCGACGAGGAGGCGGCCUGUGAGAGCCCCUACGGCUCCGUGUCCCCCCCGAGGGACCUCCCGGGCACCAGCCUGGGCGACUCCUCCGAGUACGGAGCCGACUUCAGCGAGAUCCAGAGGGUCAUCGUGCACCACGGGGGCUGCACAGAGGAUGGGAUCGUGAUCAAGACGGAAGAGGAGGAGGAGGAGGAGGAGGAGGAGGAUGACCCCGACACGCUGGAGCCGUGCGCCAUGUUCUCAGGCCGGAGCGAGGCGCCGGCGUUCCCCAGCCACGAGGCCGGGCGGGGCUGCGAGGCGCAGUGCAGCUCCAAGGCGCAGCCCCGCAGCCUGGCCCGCGUCAGGAAGCCGUCGGCCUGCGAGAGGGACUCCGGGGACAUGAAGCCAGCCAGCGGGCAGCAGCGGAACCGGACGCGGGAGAGACCCUACAUCUGCCCCGAGUGCGGCAAGAGCUUCAUGCUCAAGAUCAACUUCAUGAUCCACCAGCGCAACCACCUCAAGGAAGGGCCCUACGAGUGCCACGAGUGCGACCUCAGCUUCCGCAACAAGCAGCAGUUCCUGCUGCACCAGCGCAGCCACACGCGCCGCGGCGUGGGGGUCCCGCGGCGCCCCGAGCACGGCCUCAAGCCCCCAUCGCGGCCCCCGCCCCCGGGGAAGCCCUACAAGUGCUCCGAGUGCGAGAGCAGCUUCAGCCACAAGUCGAGCCUCAGCAAACACCAGAUCACCCACGUCGGGGAGCGGCCCUUCACCUGCGGCGAGUGCCGGAGGAGCUUUCGCCUGCAGAUCAGCCUGCUCAUGCACCAGAGGAUCCACGCGGGCAAGAACGAGAUGGCCUUCCUGUGCCCCCAGUGCGGCAAGAACUUCACCCGGCCCUCCCACCUGCUGCGGCACCAGCGGACUCACACCGGCGAGCGGCCCUACCAGUGCAGCCAGUGCGAGAAGACCUUCAGCGAGAAGUCCAAGCUCACCAACCAUUACCGCAUCCACACGCGGGAGCGCCCGCACGCCUGCGCCGUCUGCGGGAAGGGCUUCAUCCGCAAGCACCACCUCCUGGAGCACCAGCGCAUCCACACGGGCGAGCGGCCCUACCACUGCACCGAGUGCGGCAAGAACUUCACGCAGAAGCAUCACCUCCUGGAGCACCAGCGGGCGCACACCGGCGAGCGGCCCUACCCCUGCACCGAGUGCACCAAGUGCUUCCGCUACAAGCAGUCGCUCAAGUACCACCUGAGGACGCACAUGGGAGAGUGAGGGGCUGCCGAGGCUUCCUCUCCCUCCCUCCCUCCCUCCCUCCCUUCCUCCUCGUCCUCCUUCUCCUCCACUGAUCUCUCCCACCCUCCCUCCAUCCAUCUCCCCCCACCCCGGCUCAGGGCAUGGACAUCAAGGAAGCUUUGUGUGGUAGCGCCGCUGGUCUGGUGGAGACUCGGCUGAUUGGAAAUAAAUUAAUGAAUUAAAGCAAGCAACGCGCGGCAAAAUUAAAAGAUUAUAUAUAUAAAAAAAAUUAACAGAAGCAGCUGAUUUAGGGGGAAUCCUCACCAACAAGCAAACAAACCACCAACAAAAGAAACCUGUACACAGGGUGUUUUGCCGGAGUAGGACUCGUAACUGCUUUUUAAAUCUACUGUUUGGGUUUUUUUUAAUAAAUGUGGAGGAACUUUUUAUUUGAUAAGCAACCUAAGGAUGGGCAAGAUUUUAUUUUCGGGUUUGUUUUCUGUUUGUUUGGUUUGGUUUGUUUUUUUUUUUUUUUUUUGUUAACUGCUCUGUAGGCUGAUUCUGGCACAGUCACUUUUUGUCCAGGAGCUCUGUGGAGGCGCUGCUCUGGUCCGGGCUGGAUGCGACAGGAGGAGCUCCAGCCGGGGGGAGGUGAGUAAUUAACAGAUGCAGCUGAUGAGGAAGUUCUGCGUGUGUUUAGAUUGGAAGCACUGAUAGGUGCCUGCCCAGCUCGCGGGGCUGUGAUGCACUCCUGAAUUAUACAAUAGAAUAAAAUUCUAGUUGCAGUAAAAGACCCUUUUUCUGGUAGGACCCCUCCACAAGGCUCCCCCAAACACUCAUUCCCAGCACUCAAUCCUCCCACCGGGGCUGGCCCUGCUGCCCCCGAGGGCAUGGGGUGCUGAGAGUCUGGCCAUUGCCUGCUGUGGGGCCAGCAGGGACUGAGAGCAAGACCUUGUUGUGUUUAACUGCUCUGCUGUCCUUGAGCCGCUGCCAGGGGCAUGGACCGUGCCCUCCUCAAUGGCAGGAGCGGUGGGAUUCCUGCCCGGGGGAGGAGCAGCUCCAGGCUGGCUCCAAGGAAAGACCUCCCUGCUCCUGGGCACCUGCUGCCGGGGUGGGUGGGACACGAUCCACCCCCCUGUUGUUGGUCUGAGCUCCAGUUUGUACCAGCUCAGUUCCUGGGGAUCCCAGCUCGUCCUGGCUGCAGCUCCUGAGCUUGGGCAGUGGCUGGGGGAGAGCC